UUCCCGCCCCUUCCGGUCCAUUGGCGGGCAGAUCUCGCGAGAUUCGGUUGCUGGGAAGUGUAAGAUGGCGGAGGUCGAACUAACGAAGAAAGUGGAGCGGUGUAUGGCGGACGCAAUAAUGAAAUUCGGUGUUGGCCUUGGCUUAGGAAUUGUAUUUUCUGUUGUUGUUUUUAAACGGCGUGUUUGGCCUAUUAGUUUUGGUGCAGGAAUGGGUAUAGGAAUGGCCUAUGCUAACUGCCAGAAUGAUUUGCAAUCUCCAUAUCUUAUGCAUGGAAAAUUUGUCAAAGUGAGUACAGAACCAAUCUCCUUAGGAUGAUUUUCUCAGCCUCAGUACUUCAUGUACAGUACUGUACUCUUGUGGAUCAAUUCUGCCUGUGUGCAAGUAAUAGAAAUUCUUAUUGCUGUGUGUAUUUAAUUUGACUUCUCAAGGUUGUACAUUAAAAUUGUCAUUAAUAAAAAGA